GCUAAUACACAACUAAGCAAAGAUUAUGAACCUCCCAAUAAAUACCAUAAACUUGGAAGCAUUUUUGUUAAUCUACUACAUCUAACAAACAAUGGCAUUUUUCCAAGGAAAAAUACACUUCUGGUGUAUUUUGAUCUUGUGUUGUAUGUCUAUGUUGGUUUCCUCCAACAGGCUCUACACGAGUCCAAGCGUUCCUCGUUUAACCGAUGUUUUUCCUCGUGUUUCGAUUGAUAGAGGGUUUUCCAAAGUUUUUGGAGGCUCAAAUGUUCAGGUCAUCAAUGGAUCCAUGGCCACUCUUGCUCUUGACAAAAACUCAGGAUCUGGAUUGGCAUCGGUAAACAAAUUUCACUACGGAUUCUUCAGUGCUGCAAUCAAGCUGCCUGCUGGUCUCACUUCUGGGGUUGUAGUGGCUUUCUAUCUGUCUAAUGCAGAUGUGUUCCCUCACAAUCAUGAUGAGAUAGACAUAGAACUCUUGGGCCACGAUAAAAGAAAUGAUUGGGUCAUCCAAACAAAUAUAUAUGCAAAUGGAAGCGUAAACACAGGAAGAGAGGAGAAAUUCUAUCUCUGGUUUGACCCAACACUACAGCACCAUCAGUACAGCAUCAUCUGGAACAACCAUCAUACAGUGUUUCUAGUGGACAACGUCCCAGUGAGGGAGUUUCAGCACAGCAGUUCAUUUUUCCCAUCAAAACCCAUGUCAGUUUACGCAACAAUAUGGGAUGCAUCAGAUUGGGCAACUCAUGGAGGAAAAUAUCCAGUUAACUAUAAGUAUGCACCAUUUAGGGUUUCGUUUGCAGAGAUGGAGAUGAGUGGCUGCAUAUCCAAUCCCACCGGAACAGUGACGUCUUGUGUUCGGAGCAAUCCCUCGAGCGUGGACCCCGUCGAGGGGCCGGAGUUUGUUAAGUUGUCUAGUCAACAAAUUGGCGCAAUGGAUUGGGCAAGAAGUAAACUCAUGUUUUACUCUUACUGUAAAGAUACAAAAAGGUUUAAAGUUAUGCCACCAGAGUGCAAAUAAUUAUUUUUGAAACAUUAUUAAUUUAUCAUGCUGAUUAUACUGUAAACAAUUGCAAUAUUAUACAAUUCCAUAUUCAAAUUGUUCA